GAUGGUUUAAAUGGAACCUUACACAAGCGUGUCUUAAGUAACUUUAUCUAGUCUUCUUUUUUUAGGCAGAAUGGACAUUGAAGCAGAAAGGGUGUAUGACACUCCUUUGGUCAACUCAACCCUUCUUCCCAUGUUACUUCUCUCCCUCACACUGCAAAAACAUACACCCAACACUGCUCGAACAGUUAAAACAGAGUACGAUUAUGUUAUAGUGGGUGCUGGAAGUGCAGGAUCAGUAUUAGCCGGUCGUUUAUCAGAAGUACCAUGUGUGUCUGUCCUUUUACUGGAGGCUGGAAAACCUCCACCCUAUCUCACAGAAGUACCAGGUGUGUCCGAAGCAUUCUGGUAUUCAGAUAUAGCCUGGCCUUAUCGAACAGUGCCUCAAAAGUAUACAGGAAAUGGCCUCGUGAACAGGCAAGUGGUUUUUCCGGCUGGAAAGACAAUAGGUGGCACUAGUAUAUUGAACGGUAAUAUUUACUCUCGUGGCAAUAAGAAGAAUUACGAUGAAUGGGCUGCACAAGGAGCGAAAGGAUGGAGCUAUGAAGAAGUCCUGCCUUAUUUCAAGAAAAUGGAGGACAACAGAGAUCCAGAAUAUGUGGCAAAUGGAUACCAUGGAGUCGGUGGACCUCUUACUGUACAUCGCCCUCGAUAUAAGGCCGAAAUCAAGCAUCCCAUUUACCAAGCUGCUUCACAAAUGGGAUAUAAAGUCGUAGAUCCAAAUAGUGAUCGUCAAACAGGAUUUUAUGAUCUUCAAGGCACUUUACGUGCUGGUCAACGUUGCAGUGCAGCUAAAGCAUAUCUAGUCCCAGCAGAAAACAGGACAAACCUGGACAUACUUCCGAACGCCAUGGUUAGGAAGGUUAUUAUUAGAAAUCGUAGAACCAGAGGCGUGCAGUUUGAUUUUCAAGGUACAACGUAUGAAGUGAGAGCUAGAAGGGAAGUCAUUCUAUCAGCUGGGACAAUGAAUACACCUCAGAUCCUGAUGUUAUCAGGAAUUGGACCAAGGAAAGAGCUCGAACGGUUCAAGAUCCCCAUUGUUGCUGAUCUACCAGUUGGUAAGAACUUACAUGAUCAAAUUGGAGUUGAUGUAAACUUUCGCCUAAGUCCGUCCAUUCCCGAAAGUCGAUUCAAGGUUUUUAAUCCUGCAAGCAUUGAAGAAUAUAUCCAAAACAGAACAGGUCCUUUAGCAUCUCUACAGUUCGUAUCAUUUACGGCCUUCUUGAAAAGUAAUAAAACGAAUCCUAAGGUAGAUUUUCCAAACUAUCAACUGUACUUCAUAGAAAUGGCAAGCCUCGGAUCAUUUAUUGGAAUUGGGUUAAGGCCAGAGGUUUACAAACAAGUUUAUGGUCCAUAUGCUGGGCAGUCUUUCAUGUCAUGUUACUCACAAAUACUGCAACCUAGGAGUCGUGGAACAAUAACUCUUCAAUCGACCAAUCCUUACGAGCCUCCUCUCAUCGACCCUAACUAUUUUGAAGAUCCUAGAGAUAUGCAAGAUAUAUUAGAAGGAAUGAAAGUUUGUCGACGCCUUGGUCUGAGCGAACCAAUGCGUAGAGUGGGAGCUCAGCCCUUUGCCACCUUGAUUCCUGGUUGCGAGCAAUACGCUGGCGACGAAGAUCUUUACUUCUGGUGCCAAAUGCAAUCUUCAGUUACGUCAUUUCAUCAUCCUGUGGGGACUUCGAAAAUGGGAGAUCCGAACGACCCCACGACGGUUGUAGAUCCACAACUGAGGGUCAAGCACGUCAAAGGAUUACGGGUUGUUGAUGCCUCUAUUAUGCCCACGAUAACAUCUGGGAAUAUUAACGUUCCAACUAUAAUGAUAGCUGAGAAAGCAUCCGAUAUGAUCAAAAGCACCAUAAAUUGUGAAAAGCAUCCUACGAGUGAAUGGAGCUCAUCUGAACAACCAACCGGGUACGAAGAUGAACUCCCAGCGUUUCCUCUGAGCUCACAGGAUCAUUCGUCAGUCGAAGAAAGCACUGACUGGAAUAAUAAUUUCUCAGGCCAAGAACAAGAUCAUGCUCCUUUGGAUACAUUUAAAACACAAAAAAUAAAGUUGCAAACAAAAGCUCCACUCCAGUUACCAGACAAUAAAAUAACUCCUGCAGUCGUUCCCUGGAAUGAGGAAAUUUCUCCAAAUUUAAAUCUGAACCAAUUUAUUAGUACAGCAAACGGAAAUAACUUAUUAAUCGAGGACCAGAAAUUUCUUAAUCCUUUUGAGAAUGAUGAUGUGCAAGGACACGUACGGAAAGUUAUAACUAAAGUUAUUCCUUGGAACAGAGAAGUUCUUCCAACUCGGAUCACAAACCAAGCUAAUUCUCCAUUUUUACCAAGUCAUAACCAGAACCUCUUAAUAGUUGCUAUGAAUGACACUAGUGAACAAACGCUUUUUAUGUCAGAUGCUAACCAAGGAAUGAUUUCUGGAGGAAUUAAUGGGAGACAGCAAAGGCUUUCUACAGCUAAUCAAAACCAACAGAUGCUGGCUGAAAUUAAUGAAAACAAACAGACAUGCCCUUUACAGCAAAU